GAUAGUUAUCAAAUGCAAAAAAAAACUCCCUGAACCCCAAAAUGGGGGAAAGAAUGGAUGCCCUUUCCAAGAAGAGCUGUUCGGAACCACUUGCACUCUCUUCUGUGAUGUUGGUUUCAAACCGGCUAACGAAAGUGACCCUCUUCAACGUACCUGUGCUGCAAAUGAACAGAACAUAGGCUACUGGGAAGGCGGUGGAACAAUCACAUGUACAGAAGUGACUUGCGACCCACUAUCUGUUCCGGUCAAUGGUGAAAUCAUAUCAUGUACAAUUAUGGAUGCAUCAAGCACCAACGUCAGUAAUAUACAACAAUAUAACACAAUCUGCAAAUCAUCCUGCAAUCUUGGCUACACUCCACAGUACAGCAUCACUCGUAGAUGUAUGGAAGAUGGAUCAUGGGAUGGCAUUAAUCAGCUCUGCCAAGAUGUAACUGACCCGGAAGUUACGUGUCCUUCAGAUCAGAUUCUUUAUGCAGACUUCAACCAGCUGGAGGCAACAUUUCUUGCUGACAAAUGGGAGCCUGUUCAGGCCACAGAUGCUGGAGAUACUUUGACAGCAGAAUUAUUCAAGGUGGAUUCAAACUUGGUGUUUGGUAGUACUCUUUCUGAAGGAGAGCAUUCUGUAGAGUACCAAGCAGAGGAUAAUGCACGCAACAGGGGAUCCUGUUCAUUCGACUUGGACAUCAAAGUGACUAGAUGCCCUCCGCUGUUUGUCCCACCAAAUGGUGAACUAACGAUGGAAUCUGGUAGUGGUAGCUGUACGGGAGGGGCCAUCUAUGGAUCUGAGUGCCUAGUUUCUUGUGAGCUAGGUUAUAAACUUUCAGUCGAAACUGAAGAUGAAUCAGUUUCACUCUUUUGUAAUCGACCAAGUUCAACUACUACUGUUGGAGUAUGGACUGAUACACUCCCAUCCUGCAACCGAAUUGAAUGUAAAAUUCCAUCAGUUUCCAGUGGUUCUGUUUCUGGUUGUCCGAUAUCUGCUCUCUAUGGAGAUCCAUGUUAUUUCAGAUGCAAUGAUGGAUUCAAGACCAGUGAAGGAUUGAAGUCUAGUACCAGAGUUUGUCAGGAUAAUAAGGCAUUUGAUGGACAAGAUUUUCAAUGUGAUGUCCCGGUAAGAUGUCCUACGUUGAGUGCCCCUAACAAUGGUUCUGUGACACCAGAGAUGUGUACUCACCCCGAUGGAGUGCUCUUCAACACCCUUUGCUCCUUCUCAUGCGAUAAUGGGUACCUACAGAAUGGGGUCUACCAAAAGACAUGCCUAGAUACUGCGAAGUGGAACGACAUGCGAGAAGUAACAUGUACAGAUAAUGAAGCACCUGUUUUCUCACCUCCUUGUCCAAUAAAUCUCCCUGGGCCCUUCAAUGCUGAUGAAGGAUACACCUAUGCCACUAUACAUAACAUCAGCGACCUGGAACCUGAAGCAUCUGACAACUCUGGCGAUUUCAGUCUAACACUGAAAUCAAUGAUACCAAUAGAAAACAAGUUUCCUGAGACCCCAACAAGAUUGACCUACAAUGCUAUCGACUCUGAAGGAAAUCUGGCAGUUUGUGACGUUAUUGUUCAUGUCACAGUUUUCCGAUGUCCUCGACUUCAAGCUCCUUUUCAUGGAUCUGUUGUCAACUGCUCUGUUAGUCCUGUAUAUGGGUCUCAUUGUUCCUUCUCAUGUGAUGAAGGAUACGACCUCGUAGGAUCAGAAACGAGAACAUGUGAAUUGAGCGGUGAUUAUGGACCAGCGAGCUGGACCGGUACCGAACCAGUAUGUCAAGCGAAGAAAUGCGAAGCGCUGGCAACACCUGAAAACGCUGUGAAAUCUGGCUGCAUUAACAACCCACCAAACACCGAAGACUACGGCACUCAGUGUAUUUUCUACUGUCUGUACGGUUUUGAAGGGGUUGGUGAUAGCAGCUCAAUCUGUCAGGCAGAUGAAACAUGGACCCGUGAGAGUUUCAAUUGCAUACCUGCAUCAUGUAAAGUCCUAGAAGCUCCAGACGAGGGAUCAGUCACUCCAGAGGAAUGUUCAAUGGCUCCUGUCUUUGGACAGUCAUGUGUUGUAUCAUGUAAUCCAGGUUACCAGCUUGAUCCUCCUAACUUCUCUGUGCUGUCAUGUCAGGGAAAUGGAAAGUGGGCUCCAGGAAACCUCAUGGGGACAACUUGCAAAGACAUACAAAGCCCAUCCUUUUCUCCAUGUCCUCAAAAUCUGCCGCCUUUUAUUGCUCGUCGUGAGGAAACUCUGGUAAACGUCACCUGGAAUAUAACAGCUACGGACAACAGUGGUAAAAAACCUACCAUUGUAUGUGACAAUGAACCAGGCCUAAUGGAAGAAGGUGAUUUUGAAGUCAGGUGCACCGCCACAGAUGAUGACAAUAAUGUCAAAACAUGUACAUUUGACGUUGCAGUACAGGUUCACAAAUGCCGUCCGUAUGUGCUGCCGUCUUUUGCUGAGUUUGCUGGUGAAUGUGAUACAAUAUGGGGCGCUGAGUGCAACAUAACCUGCAAUCCUGGCUAUCACCUGACUGGUUCUAGCACAGUCACAUGUGAGGUUGAUGGAUCUAAAACAAGGUGGACUGCACAAACGACACCGAGAUGUGAAGCCAUCCAGUGCAAUCAUCUAGAAUUACCUGAGCAUGUCAACAUUAAUCCGUCUCUAUGUGCUGGACCAGUUAAUGUGAGUGUGGGUACCAUGUGCACACCUUACUGCCCUACUGGUAGACAUCUACAAGGUGAUGGAUCGCCGAUUGUUUGUGAAAGUGAUGGUCAAUGGAACAGAUUCAUUAAUGCCUCUUCUGAAGAUUUGGCAUGUUUGGACAUUACAGCACCAAUCUUGACAUUGUGUCCGUCUCCCAUCCCUGUCACUCGAACUGAAGCUUGGGGUGUCCAAGUGUCGUUUACUCCGCCUACUGCUACUGACUCUUUAGAUGGUAGCAGCCUCAUUGUCACAACGUCACCAUCUGAUCUGACAUCUCCAUACAACGUGACUCAAGACACUACAUUUAUCUAUACAUUCUCUGAUAAUGCAGGCAAUCAGGUCAACUGCUCGUUUCCCAUUUAUGUUCAAGAUGAGCUUUCCCCAGUUCUGGUGUCCUGUCCUAACGACACCGAAGAGUUAACCAGCCAACAAGAAACAGAGGUCACAUGGGAUCCACCUGAAUUCUUUGAACCGACAGGGGAUCAACUCGACAUUUCAUGUAACUAUGACAACGGUACAGCCACUUUAGCCAUUAACCAGAAUCAUUUGAUAGAAUGCAGGGCUACAAACCAAGACAAUGGCAAAACGACUACUUGCAGCUUCAUUAUAAGUGUCAAAAGUAAAUCCUGCCGAGGCUUGGAUCCCCCAGAAAAUGGAGCUUUGGCCUGUGAUGGAUGGAGUGAUGGAAAAUUUUGCGAUUUGUUUUGUAAUGACAAAUUUGACGUUCCAAUCCAAGGAUUUGACAACCAGUAUGUGUGUGGAUUAUCAGGAAUAUGGAUCCCUAAUGAUAUAAUACCUGACUGUACUGAAUCAAGGAGGGGUAGAAGAAUCAAUCUUCCAAGUGAAUUAUUCUACUUCAGUGGUUCCUGUGGCACAAGUGAGACACAGUUAGCCAUCGCUGCAGCAUUCCUAGAAUCAUUCCAAUCUUCAAGCUUUGGUGGCAGCUGCACCGAAGAUGAUGAAUGCACAGUGAAUAAUGUUCGAGUGACAUGUGGUCCUUCUAGCCGUCGGAGGCGCAAACGUAGAAGUAGACGAAGGCAGAUGGACACACCUGUAGACCUUGGCACAUGGGAGGAGCAUAUGCAUUUCCAACAUCUUUUUUCCAAAAUUCGCAAGAGAUCAGCUCUUAAUUUUGAAAUCGUCAUUGGAUUUUACAUUGAAACUAAUCUCAUGGUGGACGUAGGUCAGACGGAUUAUGAUGCAGCACUAGAUGCAGAGGAAAAAAUGAUUGGUCUCGUUGAGACUCUCAUUGAGGGUGGCCAGUUGGACCUGAGCUCUAGUGUGGAUAAUUUCACUGCUGUACUGGAUGAGAGCUCUUUCAACUAUGAAUAUGUGGAAUUGGUGUGCGCCCCUCCCUAUACAGUUAACAACGACAUCUAUCGCUGUGUACCAUGUGGAAGGGGUUCCUACUAUGGCAAUGAAACUCAGGAAUGUAUGCUGUGUGAAGUAGGGACCUAUCAAGACACACAUGGAGAGUUCACAUGUCAUCAGUGCCCGGAAGGACAAUCUACUAUUGGAGUCGGAUCAAAGAAUGUGACCCAGUGCAUAGAUAUCUGCCAGCCUGGUUAUAGUUCGUUCACCGGUCUAGCACCAUGCAACCAUUGCCCGAUAGGAAGCUAUCAAGAGGAAUUCUUUGCUACAGAAUGUACCAGCUGCCCUGUUGGCACGACUACUCUAAAUAAAGGCUCUACUUCAUCUCUUAAAUGUAAUGAGUUUUGUGCAGCUGGAGAGUACUCUCCUUCAGGCUUCGUGCCUUGCAUGCCAUGUCCGCUUGGUACUUAUCAGAGUGGAACUCAGCGAAGUACAUGUCAUCAAUGUCCUGGUGAAACUACAACAAUGAAGACAGGUUCUACUGAUGCAUCCAUGUGUGUUGAUAUUGAUGAAUGUGAGAGCCAGCCGUGCCAACACGAUGCAAGCUGCCUUGAUGGAAUUAAUUCCUUCACAUGUAUCUGUGGAUUGGGAUAUACAGGGUCUACGUGUGGUGAUCAGAUUCUACCAUGUGACUCUGAUCCCUGCCUCAAUGGAGCGUCUUGUGUGGAUGAAGUCAAUCAGUUUACAUGCAUGUGUGCUCCAGGAUAUACAGGCUCGGUUUGCGAGACCGAAAUCGACUAUUGUGAUCCAAGACCAUGCAAAAACAACGCAACCUGCAAGAGUAGCCAAGGCCAUUUUGAGUGCUUUUGCCUUUUUGGAUUUGAUGGUGAAACCUGCUCAAAUGAAAUAGAUUACUGUGUUGAUACUCCUUGUCAAAACAGUGCAUCCUGUGUAAUAUCUGAGCUCUCCGCAGCUGGUUACAAAUGUAUUUGUGCAGAGGGAUAUACAGGAGAGAAUUGUUCUAGUAACAUUGAUGAAUGUAAGAGCAGUCCUUGCUUAAACGAUGGUAAUUGCACUGAUGGCAUCAACAGUUUCACCUGCUCAUGUACAACGGGAUACAACGGCUUCAUAUGCGACGAUGACAUUGACUUGUGUGCUGAUUGGAACUGCCAAAAUGGUGGCACUUGCAAAGAUCUUGGAAAACGAGCAGUCUGUGCGUGUCCUAAGGCUUAUGCUGGACAGUUCUGUGAUGAAGUCAGGACAGCAUGCAGUGACUCGCCCUGCAUAAAUGGAGGCACAUGUACAGCUGUUGAUGAUACCACCUUGGCCUUCGACUGCACCUGUACCGAGGGAUACAUUGGACAGACCUGUGAGACAGAGGUCAACUUCUGUCAGCCAGAUCCUUGUAGGAAUGGAGCUACUUGUGAGGAUCAACCUACAACUUACAUCUGCCACUGUCCUGAUGGAUUCACAGGGAAAACCUGUGCUCAGGAUAUAAGCUGGUGUGAUGACAAUCCAUGUGGACUAAACGCAACCUGCAUAGAAGAACCCCUUUCCUUCAGAUGUCUGUGCGAUGUAAGUUACUCUGGAGAGAGAUGUGAGGAGGUGUUGACUGUCUGUGAUGCCCAAGACCCUUGUCUCAAUGGAGCUACAUGUAGCGGAGACUCUCUUACAUUUCAAUGCCAGUGCCCACCAGCAUAUCAAGGGUUGUUAUGCGAGCAUGAGAUCAACCCCUGUGCUACUUCACCCUGUCUAAAUGGAGGUACCUGUGUGAAGGAUCUACAGUCCUAUCGGUGUGACUGUGCUGCAGGGUUUGAAGGAAUACACUGUGAAGGCAAUCAGGACGAAUGUGCAAGCGAGCCAUGUGAGCAUGGAACAUGCAUUGAUGGAAUCAACUCUUUCUCCUGUGACUGUGAAGCAGGAUACACAGGCCAUACAUGCAGUGAAGACAAGUUUUGUGAUGCCAACCCAUGUCAGAACGGGGGAUCUUGUGAAAACCUAAACACAAGAUAUCGUUGCUCGUGUGCUCCAGGAUUUCGGGGAACAACUUGUAGCAGGCAAAUAGACUACUGUCGCAGAAACCCAUGCACAAGUGGAAAUACUGUAGGCUGUGAGAAUCUAAUCGGUGGUUACACAUGUGUGUGCAAGGAUGGUUUCACUGGAUUAAAAUGUGAGUCUGAGAUCAACGAAUGUGAGAUGUCACCAUCCCCCUGUCAGAAUGAUGGAAGGUGUAUCAACCAAUGGGGGACAUUCACCUGCCAGUGUCAACUAGGCUUCACUGGUAACCUGUGUGAUAUAAACAUUGAUGACUGUGUGAGCCACGGCUGUGAAAGUGGGGCGUCCUGUGUCGAUGGCAUCAAUAGCUACAGCUGUCUUUGUACUGAAGGAACAUACGGGUUAUGGUGCCAGCUGAAGUCAACACCAUGUGAUAACAACCCCUGCUACAAUGGUGGUGUGUGCACUGUUAAUCAAGAUGGUUUCCUCUGUGAAUGUCUGUCUGGUUUUACAGGACCUUCCUGUGAAGUUGACAUUGAUGACUGUGUCAAUCACCGCUGUGCUAGUGGCUCGACCUGUGAAGACCAGUGGGAUAGCUACAGCUGUAUAUGUCCACAAGGUAUAACUGGAGACCUUUGUGAUCAGGAAAUAGAUGACUGCCUUUGUGAUCCUUGUCAGCAUGGAGCAACGUGUAUUGAUGGAAGAUCAAGUGUUACAUGUACCUGCACAAGUGGAUUUAAGGGAAAGUUUUGUGAGGUCGACAUUAUGGAAUGCUCCUCAGACCCUUGUGCAAAUUCCGGUACAUGCAUAGAGGGAACUGAUCGGUAUGAUUGCCAGUGUGCAGAAGGUUAUUGGGGCACAACAUGUAAAGAAUUUAUCAGCUCCUGUGUGUCCAACCCAUGCAAGUAUAAUGGCACCUGCACAGACGGCUUCAUGCAGUACAUGUGUACAUGUGCUGCAGGUUAUACAGGAGACACAUGUGAGACAGUUAUUCCAGACAAUUAUGAUCUUAGACUCAAUGAUCAGAUGGCAUCCAUUAGUUUUUCUGCUUCUGUGGUCGAUGGGUCUCCAAAUCUGACAUUAUCAUUGUGGGUGAAAGUGCAGAUGGCAUAUCCGAAUAAACAACUUUUGGACAUGCGGAUUGGUAACUUCAAGUUCAGUGUCCAAAAUCCUUGCAGUCUUGCAUUUAUACAAACCGGUGAAAAUUCGUCAUCCAGUACGUUGUCUGUAUGCGAUGAUGGCUGGCAUCACAUGCUGCUGGUAUUCCGUGAUUCUGGAAGGUGGUCUGCUGCGGUUGAUGGCUCCCAUGUUAUGAGUCAAGAUGAUGACGCCCGCCAGUAUAAUUUGUCAGGAACAAUGCAUCUCUAUUUUGGAACUGAUGAGCUGGAACAGGGAGAUUCUAUUUACAUGACUGGCAUCAACGUUUGGAGUGGAUAUGUUUCAGAGGACGUGUUGUCUAAAGUCACAUCAGAGUGCUUGCCACAACUAUAUGGGAACAUUAUUUCAUGGACAGACUUUGACUCCCACCAAGCUUUUCCUACAACCUCCUCGACUCCCUCAAUGUGUGAUGAUACUGACGAAUGUGAAAGCCUGACCCCCUGCCAAAAUGGAGGUACUUGCGUGGACAAACUUCGCUCCUAUACCUGCCUGUGUCUUGAAGAUUAUGAAGGAAUAAACUGUGAAAAGUUUAUCGACCUGUGCAACAAUGAGAGCUGUGAGAAUGGAGGAUCCUGUGCAACCGUGAAUAGAACAACUCACUGUUCAUGUCCUGAUAGAUUCUUUGGAGAGUUUUGUGAGCUGGAAAUCAUCAAUGGUGGUUGGAGUAAUUGGUUGCCGUGGAGUCCAUGCAGUGUACCCUGUGAAGGUGGAACUCGAAAUACUUCAAGGGAAUGUACCAACCCACCACCUAAUGAUUAUGGACAACCUUGUCAUGGAGAAAAUACAAAACAAGAACCAUGUAAUAUUCAGGAUUGUCCAGGUUGCAUUCGUCUGCAGGCUCCCGAGAAUGCAACACUUAAUUGUUGGAGUGAAGGUGAAACUAAAAAGUGCACAGUCAGUUGUAAUUCACCUGAUAUGAGCUUUCUUCGCCCAGUGGAAUCAGAGUAUUCUUGUAGCCCUGAAUCAGAUUACAAAUGGAAUCAUGAAAAUGAGUACAACCGCAGAGCAAGUUUGCCUGCUUGCAAGGAGACAAUGUCUCCGGAUGCUGUGGAGGCAAAGGGCACAUUCGCUUAUCCAGGUGCUAACUGUGAUUCAGAUGAAGAUCAAGAAAAUCUAAUGGAGUCCUUCAAAUCUACUUAUUCGGCCAACAGUAAUGGCAUUGGCUGCAAGAAAUGUGCUCUCUCAAAUGUACAGGUCAAUAAUUGUGGUUCAUCAAGGAAAAAACGAGCAUCGGAAGACCUACCAAUCACCAUCUCAUUCACUGUCAAUAUCAAUGACACAGACAGCAAUACUACGGUGGCAGAAUCGUUUGAUGCAUUAAACACCGGUUUUGAGAACCUUUUGGAAAACGGAUCCUUUUCAUUGAUGGUAAAUGGUGAGCUCAUUAGAGUUGACCUGAAUCAAAGUACUGGAGAUGUCAGUAUUACUUGCCCGCAAGGAUCCGGUUGGUCUGAUAAUGCAAAUUGUGUUACCUGCUCUGUUGGAAAUUUCGCCUACAUUGUGCCCAAUACCACUGCUGUCCUGUGUAUACCCUGCCUGCUACAUACAUACCAAGAUCAAGAAGGACAAGCAGAAUGCACUCCAUGUCCUGCAGGCUUAAUAACAAAUGAUCCUGGAGCUGAUGAUAUCAGUUACUGCAUAGAACCAUGUCCACUUGGUCAUUACCAAGAUGUUUGGUCAGAUCCUAGUAACACUACAUGUAUUCAGUGCCCUCUCGAUACUUACCAAAACGAAACUGGACAAGAAAGCUGUUUCCCUUGUCCCACUGGAUACAUAACUCUGGAACCAGGUGCAACAAAUGCUUCUGACUGUGUUGCGGUGUGUAAUGCAGGGCAUUACGUGGAUCUGUCAAACAAGACCAAUCCACAAUGCCCACCGUGUCUACUCAACACAUUCUUAGAUCUUGAUGUGCACCAAGAACAAGAAUGUAUUCCAUGUGCUCCAGGAAUGAUUACCAUCCAGAAUGGAUCUUCACAAAGUACUGACUGUCUUGUGUCAUGCAUGCCAGGGAGCUAUCUGGAAAGUUCAUCAUGUACUCCAUGUCCUCUAAACACCUAUCAAGACCAGACCAAUCAUCGUGAGGAAUCCUGCAUCCUAUGUCCUAGCAACCUGAUUACUCUUAAUGAAAGUUCAGACAGUCUUGCAAACUGUACAGAUCCACAGGAACCAGGAAGUCCAUUUAUUACAGGCCAGAACAACUUAGUCACAAUUGUUGUGAUUGUUGUUGUUGUCAUCUUAGUCCUCUUGGUCAUUUCUCUUGCAGCGGCUUCUUGCUACAAAAAGAAAAAUAAUAGAUACACCAAAAGGUCUUCGUCUAUUACCCCUACACCACAUCUUCCCAUGUAUGAAAUUGAAGAUUCCAGGGAGAGUUCCAACCCCCAUGUAGGCAUUGGUCAGGACAAUGUAUAUACUGAACAACAUGGCUUCAUGUCUAGCUCUUGUGAUCAAGUUGAUAACGAAUCAGCGCCCUACUGUCAGACCCCAGUUGAGAAUUUCAGAACAAACUUUGAGGUUGACGAAUAAACAAUUAAUGUCAUCAUGAUAGUCAGAAUUUUCAACAAUUAUGUGAAACAAUAUAUCUAUUGAUCACAAAACUUAGGUAACUAAGCAAACUGUGGCACCAAAAUAUGCGUCCAGAGAGCAAAAGACAUACUAGUUAGUGAUGUUUGUUAAUUCUGUUUUUUUUAAAUAUCUGAUUGUAUACAGUAUAGCCACAUCCAGAUGGUUUCUGCAGUUACCAGCUGCAUAUUCUUAUAAUGGGGUCCUACGUCUGUGUGAAAAAACUACGAUUUCCAACAGUUAUGCAUUUUGUGCUCUGGAUGCAUCUUUUCAUGCCACUACAUUUGGCUAACCUACCAUAGAUAACUCGAACAUAAAGUUACCAUAAAAAUUCAACACACAUACAUAUGUAUGCAUCUACUGCUGUAUGUAUUUGUAUAGUGGGAUGCUAUUACAAUUGUAUUGGCGUGUGUGCUUGUGUGAGUGUGUGUGUGAGAGAGAGAGAGAGAGUCAUUGUGUUUAUUAAGGAAUAUUUUGUAACAAAUCUACAACAUUUAUAUAGCUUACAGAUAUGAGAUGGCCACAAUGAUUUUGACUUCACAAACAAGAAUAUAUGAGAUAUUUUUGUGAGGCCUAGAGUCACGACAGUCUUAUUAGGGAACAAAGAGAAUUUCAAUACAAAUUACUUUGUGGGGCGAUGUACACAAAGGAGUAUUUAUUUAAGAUUGGUUUUGUUGGUGAUGACGAGUGUUCUCUCUGUGAACAAAGUGCAGAAAUAUAUUCGCAUUUGUUUUGGAACUGUGACAUCCAAAUAUAAGUAGAUUCCUGUUGAUGUGCAGGGCUGCAUACAACUCAUAUUUUGUACAAUCGAGCAUACAAUACCAACAUAGGAGUUGCUAUGUCAGACGAGCUGUAUCAUGACCAGGAAAAGAAAGUUAAUGUGAAGGGAUUGUAUGAAAGAAUGCAAUUCUUUUGUGAGCAUGGAUGUGCUGAGCUGGGAGAAAUUACAUACAACUGUCUCUUGUGAGCCCACUAAUGAUUGACAGAUGAUGUCACAAGAUUAAUCAGAUCUAGAGCAUUUUUUUAGGGUGGAGCUUAGCAGGUCUGAGAAAAUUAUUUUUAGAAAUAUCAAAAAAUGAAUGAAAUAUAUUUAGAUGUUUGAAUAACAAAAUAUCAGUUGUAUGAAGCCCUGCACAUCAACAGGAAUCAACUUAUAUUUGGAUGUCACCCGACCUUUAUGUACAGUUUUGAUGUCAUGAUACUAUCAAGAUGUAAGAAUUAGUGGAACUUAGAAAUGCAGAUUGGUAGGAUAUCCAUGUCGGAAUUUUAGGAAACUCCCAAAUAGUUAGAUGCUUUAAGACCAGUUAUUUUCUUGAUUAAAAAAAUGAUUUAUCGGGCUAGAGCAAACUUAAUAAUACCUCUGCCAGUUGAAGUACAUAAUAUAUAGGGAUGAAAAAAAGGAGAUAGCAACACAAGGUCUUAAACUAAGUUUACAUUUGCAGAAGUGGGCAGAAGUGGUAGAAAUAUUAAAACUGACUGGAGUUUUUUUCUUCCAGUGAGCAGGAUGUGCGUGUGUUUAUAUUUAAUGUUUUCUUUAAUUUCAUGUUAUAUUGUUCCAUUCCUUGAUUAUUUGUUUAUUAUUAGUAUCCCUAUGUUUCCAUUCAUCGUUAUAGAAUGGAUUGUUUGUUUUGUUUUUUCUCUAUGGAAUUGUUUAAUGAGAUAUAAACAAACUGUAUUAAGAACAAAACAGAAAUAUACAUAGGGUGUUUUUUUUCUGGGGGU